AUGAGGUCCACGUUCGCGCUGUGCCUACUCUGGCAAGCACUCUAUCCUGGCCCCGGCGGUGGCGAGCACCCCACUGCUGACCGUGCAGGCUGCUCAGCCUCUGGGGCCUGCUACAGCCUGCACCACGCUACCAUCCACCGCCGGGCGGCCCAGGAGGCCUGCAGCCUGCGCGGCGGGGCGCUCAGCACUGUGCAUGGAUCUUCAGAGCUCCGCGCGGUGCUAGCACUCCUGCGGGCGGGCCCGGGGCCUGGCGGGGGCUCCAAAGACCUUCUGUUCUGGGUCGCGCUGGAGCGAAAGAAAUCCCACUGCACCCAGGAGAAUGAGCCUCUGAGGGGUUUCUCCUGGCUGACCCUCGACGGCGACGGAGUGGAAACCGAGACCCUGCGGUGGGUUGAAGAGCCCCAGCGCUCCUGCACCUCCCAGAGAUGCGCCGGUCUCCAGGUCGCUGGCGGAGUGGAGCCUGCAGGCUGGAAGGAGAUGCGAUGCCUGUCGCGCGCAGACGGCUACUUGUGCAAAUACCAGUUUGAGAGCUUAUGCCCGGCUCCGCGUCCUGGGGCCGCCUCUAAAUUGAGCUACCGCAUGCCCUUCCAGCUGUCCAGCGCCUCGCUGGACUUCAGCCCCCCAGGCACCGAGGUGAGUGCGCUCUGCCCAGGACUGCUCUUGGUCUCAGUCAAGUGUGUUGCAAAUGAGAUCGGAGCGCACUGGCGCGGGUUACCCUCCGGAGGCCUGCUCUGCCCCUGCGCUGAGAGGUACCUCCAUAUGGGGAAGUGCACAGAGCUUGCUAAUUGCCUAGAUGACUUGGGAAACUUUAUCUGUGAGUGUGCUGAGGGUUUUGAACUGAGUAAGGAAGGCCGCUCUUGCGUGACCAGUAGAGGACAACUGAGCCCUGGAAAGACUACAGUGGCCAGCUGGCAUCCACAGGUCACCGCCACCAGCCCAGUGCCAAGGAGAACAGAGUCACCAAUGGUUCACAAGGAGCCAGCAGACACAUCUCUUGUUUCUGAAGAAGGUAGUUCAGCAACAUCUAUUCCCGAGAUUCCUCAGAGGGGAGAAAAAAGCACAAUGUCUACCAUUCAAAUGUCCCCUCAAAUCAACGCAAAAGACACCAUUACGUCUUCAGAAAGCAUCAUUCCAGAGUUAAACUCUACGUCUUCCUCUGCUGCUCACCAGAGUUUUGACACCUCCUCCACUGUGGUCUUCAUCCUUGUGAGCAUAGCUGUUGUGGUGUUGGUGAUCUUAACUAUCACAGUGCUGGGGCUUUUCAAACUCUGCCUCCACAAAAGUCCUCCCUCUAGCCCCAGAAAAGGACCUUUAGCUGAGCCAGGGAUGGACGGUGAUGCUGGGGCUGAAGCCUUGAAUUCCAGUUCCGCCCACUGUGCAGACAAUGGGAUGAAGAGUGGAGAUUGUGGUCUGCGGGACAAAGCAGAGGGCGCAUCACUGACAGAGUCUUCUCUUGGCUCUGGAGAGGUGUAG